GAGAAUUGAAGACGGGAGAAGGGACGAGUGUAGGCAGAAAGUCUGACCCGGGGACCUUUGGAAAUACUGAGGUGUCAUUGCAAAGGUGGGGAGGGAGUGAGAGAGCGAGCAAAGCUACUCCUAGCAGCAACUGACUGGAACUGGAUCUAUAUAAAUACAUAUACAUACAUACAUACAUGCAUAAGGAGAGCUCGGGCUUAAGCUGAUGGCAGGGAGGAAAGGUUUCUGCUGUGCAUUUCUGGGAUAAGGAAUGAAAGAAGCAGCUGCGCUCCUGGGAAUGUGUCAUCUUGCAGGGGAGGGAGGGAGAAAGGGGGAAGGUAACAGGAAUGUGGAAAAAGAUGGGAGCCUAAGCCACUGCUGUGCAGAAAGGGAUACCAACUUGUAGAUCUGAAAUAUACCAGGCUGAUCUUGCAAAUGAGAUCAGAGCUGCAAUUGCAAUAGAUAGGGGGAGGGAAAGGGAAGCAGAAAUUGAAGGACUCCCUGUGUUUCUCUCUCUCUCCCAAGAAGAAAUAGAAGUUUACCCGUCUCGGUACUGCUGGAUCUUUAUUGUUUCUGGACAAAAGAUGAAGAGGAAGCCGAAAUGAAGAGAAAGGGGAGCCCGUGAUUAUGAAAUUCAGAGUUAAGAGGACAAAUCACGCCUUUCCGGGCAGUGUUUGUGCCCCAUCAGGGGACUUUUAACGUCAGGACGAUUUUGAGAAGUGGGGGCAAAGAGAGGAGGGAGUGUCAAAAACACUCACCCCACAUGUGUAAAAAAAUUAAAUAAGGGAUGGAUGUAUUCUUGACAGCUGGUGGGAACCUUGAAUUUUCCUCUCCUCCCUCCUCCUCUCAACCUAUUUCCAUUUAAUGUGAGAUUAUGAAAAUGCAGAGGAGUUGGAGGGAAGGCAAAAGGAUAUAACGUGGAAUUUGAAGAGAGGAGAUGGUGGUGAUGCUGUGGAUGGCUGGCUUCUUGCUCAAAUCAAAAAUCCAAUUGCGCACUGGGUUGUGAUUGGAAAUCUAAUCAGAUCUUUGGAGAGGGAAGAGAGAAAGAGACCAAAAGUUUUUCACACAAAAAAAAAACCCAAUUCUAAAUGUAAGAGGAGACUCUGGUAAAGGUGUGUGUGGAGGAAAACGGGAAACAGAAGAAUGGGAACCCCCGAUCUAACGUGGAAACACAUGGAUUGGAUAAUUGAUAGUGCAGCAAAGAAGGGGAAAGAAGAAAAUUGCUUGACAAGAUCUGGAUCUUAACAGUCACAACACAAAUGCAUUAAAAGCAAACGGUCUCAGAUAGAGGGUUGUUUAAAAUCAAGGAGCCCUUCUUAUCCUCCAAAGGAGAAAAAAAAGCCCACCAGAGUUGGCAAUGGAGAACGGAGGAGCCAGAAAGGCAAAAAUCCUCCGAGAAAGGAAACUGGGCAAAGGAUCUACACUGGAAUGAAAAGUUUCAGAAAGGAGAAGGACCAUUCUUGCUCUGAGGUUUUCUUUUAAUGUUUAGUUAAAAUAAAGCUCCCCCAAGAGAAGAGGAAUGUAAUGAUAUAACUACGACGAAUUUAAGCAGAAAAGUUAAGAGCGACGGAAAAAAAGGGGGUGGGUGGAGAGGAAAAGAAGAAGAAUCCGGUGAAGGAGGAAAAAAAUCACUAGAUUGUGUUGGAUUGCAGCCUGUUAACUGAAAUUGAUGGCAAAUUGCAGUUGGAUAUUUUGUCUUUUUAAAUUUCAUUCCUUCUUUUUAAUUUUGGCUUUGCUGCUGACAUGAAAUAGUUUACCACCCUUUGCUUUCCUUCCCCCACCUUCCCCCUACCCUUUAAUCACUCGGAUUUCCAUCUGGAUAGUCUUCUGUGCAAUCUGAAAUACAGGACACUGGUAUGGAACACUAUUUGUUCAGAUAAAGCUCAUCUGAAGUGCCAAUGUACUGAAAUAGUGGAACUCUGAUAGCAAUGUGCAAGACAAUUCAAACUCCAGAAGGACCAACACCAAAUAAAUUAUGAAUGUUGAACAAGAUGACCUUACAUCCACAGCAGAUAAUGAUAGGUCCUAGGUUUAACAGGGCCCUAUUUGACCCCCUGCUUGUGGUGCUACUUGCUCUUCAACUUCUUGUGGUGGCUGGUCUAGUCAGGGCUCAAACUUGCCCUUCUGUCUGCUCCUGCAGCAACCAGUUCAGCAAAGUGAUCUGUGUGCGGAAGAAUUUGAGAGAGGUCCCAGACGGCAUCUCCACUAACACACGGUUAUUGAAUCUGCAUGAGAACCAGAUCCAAAUCAUUAAGGUGAAUAGCUUCAAACAUUUGAGACAUCUGGAAAUCUUGCAGCUGAGUAGGAAUCACAUUAGAACAAUUGAAAUAGGGGCCUUCAAUGGUCUGGCCAAUCUCAACACUCUGGAACUUUUUGACAAUCGUCUUACCACCAUCCCUAAUGGGGCUUUUGUAUAUUUGUCAAAACUGAAAGAGCUUUGGUUGAGAAACAACCCUAUUGAGAGCAUCCCUUCAUACGCUUUUAACAGAAUCCCUUCCCUCCGUAGGUUGGAUUUGGGGGAACUGAAAAGGCUUUCAUACAUCUCAGAAGGUGCCUUUGAAGGUCUUUCCAACUUGAGGUAUUUGAAUCUUGCCAUGUGCAACCUUCGGGAGAUCCCUAACCUCACACCUCUUGUAAAACUGGAUGAGUUAGAUCUUUCUGGGAACCAUCUGACAGCCAUCAGGCCGGGAUCUUUCCAAGGGUUGAUGCAUCUUCAAAAAUUGUGGAUGAUACAGUCCCAGAUUCAAGUGAUUGAAAGGAAUGCCUUUGAUAACCUUCAGUCACUGGUGGAAAUCAACCUGGCACACAACAAUCUAACACUACUGCCUCACGAUCUCUUUACACCACUCCGCCUAGAAAGGAUCCACCUGCACCACAAUCCUUGGAACUGCAACUGUGAUAUUCUUUGGCUCAGCUGGUGGAUUAAGGACAAGGCACCCUCCAACACUGCAUGCUGUGCUCGCUGUAACACACCUCCCAACUUGAAAGGAAGGUACAUUGGUGAGCUGGACCUGAAUUAUUUCACGUGUUAUGCUCCGGUAAUAGUGGAGCCACCAGCGGACCUCAACGUCACAGAAGGCAUGGCUGCAGAGCUGAAAUGCCGAGCAUCGACCUCCCUGACCUCUGUAUCUUGGAUUACUCCAAACGGAUCGGUUAUGACGCAUGGGGCAUACAGAGUUCGGAUUGCUGUGCUCAGUGAUGGUACGUUAAAUUUUACAAAGGUGACUGUGCAAGACACGGGCUUGUACACAUGCAUGGUGAGUAACUCUGUUGGGAAUACCACAGCUUCUGCCACACUGAACGUGACUGCAUUGGACAAUGGUUACACAUACUUUUCAACUGUCACUGUAGAGACUAUGGAACCUUCUCAGGAUGAGGCACGGACCACAGAGCAGAUUGGGCCCACGCCUGUUAUCGACUGGGAAACCACCAAUAUAACAACCUCUCUUACUCCACAGAGCACAAGGUCAACAGAAAAAACAUUUACUAUCCCAGUGACAGAUGCAAGCAAUGGGAUCCCAGGAAUAGAUGAGGUUAUGAAGACUACCAAAAUCAUAAUUGGUUGUUUUGUGGCUAUCACUCUCAUGGCUGCUGUGAUGCUGGUAAUUUUCUACAAAAUGAGGAAACAGCAUCACCGGCAGAGCCAUCAUGCUCCAACGCGGACUGUAGAGAUCAUUAAUGUGGAUGAUGAGCUUACAGGUGAUACACCUAUAGAGAGUCACUUGCCCAUGCCGGCAAUAGAGCAUGAGCACCUAAAUCAUUAUAACUCUUAUAAGUCUCCUUUCAACCACACAACGACAGUUAACACAAUAAACUCAAUACACAGUUCAGUGCAUGAACCGUUAUUGAUCCGAAUGAACUCAAAAGACAAUGUACAAGAGACUCAGAUCUAA